AACUCAACAGCUCAAAACAUUUAAAUAAAAUGAAUUAGAAAUUAGUAACAAACAAAACAUAAAAAUGACAACAGCGGAUUUUACCACGCAUUUGCUAGCGCAUUGGAAAGUAUGGGGGGAUCAAACUCAAGAAGUAUGGAAUAAAUUAUUGGAUAAAACUACUGAUGAUCCCAGUAUAAUAUGGAUUUUUGGCAGCACCUUGGUAAUGUUGUUGUCCUAUUGGAGUUAUGCGGCUUUUUUUACCUUUGUCGAUAUUACUAAUAAACCACGCUGGAUUCUUAAAUACAAAAUCCAGCCUGAACAAAAUGUACCAGUAGACAGACAAAAAUUAUGGAAGGCCAUCAAGCAAGUACUAUUCAAUCAAAUCGUUGUUACAACACUAGGACUCUACAUCGGCAAUUUGGUUCUAUUCAAAUCCUGGACACCUGCCUCAAUACGCCAGUUGCCCACUAUGAAAACCUAUCUCAUCGAUUUGGCUUUAAUGUCUCUACUAGAGGAACCUCUAUUCUAUUAUGCCCACCGUAUGUUGCAUCAUCGUUCGAUUUACAAGUAUUUCCAUAAAAAACAUCAUGAAUGGACUUCACCAAUUGCUGCCAUGACUUUCUAUUGCCAUCCGGUGGAACAUAUUGUAAGCAAUUUUGGUCCAAUUGCUUUGAUGGCGGGCCUGCUCAAUGUACAUGUUGUUGUUUCAUGGACCUUUACAAUUUUGGCGAUUGUAAAUUCCAUGACUGAUCACACGGGUUAUUAUUUUCCAUUCCCCCUGUCAAAGGAAUCGGUGUUGUUCCAUGACUAUCAUCAUGCCAAAUUCAAUUACAACUUUGGAGUUUUUGGUUGGCUGGAUAAGUUGCAUGGCACCUACAGAGAUAUGAAGACCGAAAAACCUCAAAUUAAAAGUAAAAAGCCAGCAAAUAAACUUAAUUCGAAAAACUAAUAAAGAACAAUAAAAUAAACAAUACAAUUUAGAAAA